CUCACAGACCUCAGAGGGCUCUCAGGCUCUCCCGGGCUCCGAGAACAAUGCCUGUCCUCUCCGCGCGCAGGAGGGAGUUAGCUGACCACGCGGGGUCGGGGCAGCAGAGCCGGCCGAGUCCCGCGGCCGGGUCGGGGCCGUACUUUUCAGCUUCGAGCGCCUCUCUGACCCGGGCCGCACACCUGUUAGGUCCGGGGACCUACGUGCGCCGCGACACGGCGGGAGGCGAGCCUCACCGCGCCGGCCCCCUCGGCCCUCCCGGAACUAGUCUCCGAGGCCGCGGCGUCCACCGGAGCGGAGAGCGCUGGUGCCCCGGAGCCUUCGAGUCGGGGGCUAGAGCGGCCAGGCCUCCGAGCCGGGUUGGGCCCGGGAAGGCGACGGCUGCGUCACGCGAGGGGGCGGGGCCGCCACGGGCGGAGGUCGGAGCCGGAAGCGGAAGAGGCGCUCGGAGCGGGGAGUGGGGCCUAGCAGCAGCUGGAGCCUGGAAGACGGUAAGUGUGGGCUGGGGCCCGGGGCGGCAACAGCGGCGGCGGCGGCUGGGGAUGCAUCACUGUAAGCGAUACCGCUCCCCUGAACCAGACCCGUACCUGAGCUACCGAUGGAAGAGGAGGAGGUCCUACAGUCGGGAACAUGAAGGGAGACUGCGAUACCCAUCCCGAAGGGAGCCUCCCCCACGGAGAUCUCGGUCUAGAAGCCAUGACCGCCUGCCCUACCAGAGGAGGUACCGGGAGCGCCGUGACAGCGAUACAUACCGGUGUGAAGAGCGGAGCCCAUCCUUUGGCGAGGACUACUAUGGAUCUUCACGUUCUCGUCAUCGUCGGCGAUCGCGGGAGAGGGGGCCAUACCGGACCCGCAAGCACGCCCACCACUGCCACAAACGCCGCACCAGGUCUUGUAGCAGUGCCUCCUCGAGAAGCCAACAGAGCAGUAAGCGCAGCAGCCGGAGUGUGGAAGAUGACAAGGAGGGUCACCUGGUGUGCCGGAUCGGCGAUUGGCUCCAAGAGCGAUAUGAGAUUGUGGGGAACCUGGGUGAAGGCACCUUUGGCAAGGUGGUGGAGUGCUUGGACCAUGCCAGAGGGAAGUCUCAGGUUGCCCUGAAGAUUAUCCGCAACGUGGGCAAGUACCGGGAAGCUGCCCGGCUAGAAAUCAACGUGCUCAAAAAAAUCAAGGAGAAGGACAAAGAAAACAAGUUCCUGUGCGUCUUGAUGUCUGACUGGUUCAACUUCCAUGGUCACAUGUGCAUCGCCUUUGAGCUCCUGGGCAAGAACACCUUUGAGUUCCUGAAGGAGAAUAACUUCCAGCCUUACCCCCUACCACAUGUCCGGCACAUGGCCUACCAGCUCUGCCACGCCCUUAGAUUUCUGCAUGAGAAUCAGCUGACCCACACAGACUUGAAGCCAGAGAACAUCCUGUUUGUGAAUUCUGAGUUUGAAACUCUCUACAAUGAGCACAAGAGCUGUGAGGAGAAGUCAGUGAAGAACACCAGCAUCCGAGUGGCUGACUUCGGCAGUGCCACCUUUGACCAUGAACAUCACACAACCAUCGUGGCCACCCGUCACUAUCGCCCACCUGAGGUGAUCCUUGAGCUGGGCUGGGCACAGCCCUGUGACGUCUGGAGCAUCGGCUGCAUUCUCUUUGAGUACUACCGGGGCUUCACACUCUUUCAGACCCAUGAAAACCGAGAGCACCUGGUGAUGAUGGAGAAGAUCCUAGGGCCCAUCCCAUCACACAUGAUCCACCGUACCAGGAAGCAGAAAUAUUUCUACAAAGGGGGCCUAGUUUGGGAUGAGAACAGCUCUGAUGGCCGGUAUGUGAAGGAGAACUGCAAACCUCUGAAGAGUUACAUGCUCCAAGACUCCCUGGAGCACGUGCAGCUGUUUGACCUGAUGAGGAGGAUGUUAGAAUUUGACCCUGCCCAGCGCAUCACACUGGCCGAGGCCCUGCUGCACCCCUUCUUUGCUGGCCUGACCCCCGAGGAGCGGUCCUUCCACACCAGCCGCAACCCAAGCAGAUGACAGGCGCAGGCCACCGCAUGAGGAGAUGGAGGGCAGGACUGGGCCGCCCAGCCCCUUGACUCCAGCCUUGACCACCAGGCCCCAGGCCAGAGCCACCCAACGAACAGUGCAAUGUGAAGGAAGGCAGGAGCCUGCAGGGGAGCAGACUUGGUGCCCAGCUGCCAGAAAGCACAGAUUUGACCCAAGCUAUUUAUAUGUUGUAAAGUUAUAAUAAAGUGUUUCUUACUGUUUGUAACCCCUGGUACCAGUGUGUCCAUCUCCAGGCUCCUUGCCUUCCCCUUCCCUGACCUUACUAAUAAAGUAUUUCUUAGCACUUCA